UGAGAAAACAAUCGCCAUUCAAUAAAGCUCAUCUACAUCAUCAAGUGUGUCUAGUUUAGCAACAUCGCAGUAGCAACAUGAACGUUUGCGAGCCUAUUUUUUGCAAAUGAGACUAUUAUACAGGGGCCGGUUCCUGAAAAGCCGAUUAGCGCUUACCCAGGGUUAAAUUAACCCUAACCCACGAUUUUUACCCCCGGAUUAGUUCUGUUCCCGAAACGCCGGUUAGCGCUAACCCAGGGUUAGUUUGGGGAAUAAAUCUAACCCUGCUCGCGAGGUGGGUUAACUCGCUAAUCCAUCGAUUAGCGCAAGCUGGCAAAAAACAAAAUGGCGGAUUUGUUUUGCCGGGUCGGGGAAGCUUACCCACAAGCUCGCGAACACCGCUUUCGCUUGUUUAACGGAAGCCUUGAUGACUUCCUCAACGACCAAGAGGUCAAAUCGAGGUUCCGCUUUCGGAAAGACACAAUUGAGUAUAUAACACAGUUUUUGAGGGGGGAAUUAAGCCGGGAUACGCGACGAAAUCACGCACAUGCUCCAAUAGUCCAAGUUCUUGUCGCACUACGCUUUUACGCUUCAGGGAGUUUUUUGCAAAUCAUAGGCGAUACAUUUGGCCUUCCAAAGUCUACCGUUUCCCGUUGCGUCUCAGAUGUGACAAGAGCGCUUGUUAGCAAAGCUGACCGCUUCAUCAAAUGGCCUUCGCGAGAGAGGCAAAGGGAGAUAAAGCAGGCAUUUUACGACAAGCACGGCUUCCCUGGAGUUAUCGGCUGUAUUGACGGGACUCAUGUAAAGCUCCAGGCCCCGACAAAUCAUGAGAACGAUUAUGUCAAUCGGAAAGGGCAGCACAGCAUUAACGUGCAAGCCGUGUGUGACAACAAAGGUAAAAUAUUUUAAGGUGUGAAGAUGGGGGGGGGGG